GAGAGGAUGACACGGCCGCGUCGCGGGAGGGAGUGCUGUACCCCGGCUCCGCGCCGGCGCAUUCCCAACUUCGUAUCCCGAGCCCGCCCCACCUCCCGCCGGUCCCCCCGUCACGUGACGGCGCUGCAGGUGAGCAGCACUUCCGGAGGCGGGCGCUAGCAUCGCGGCUCCUAGCUUAGGCUCUGGCUCCGACAGGUUCGCAGGGGUCAGGCCAUGGCGUCCUCCUCCGCCUCGUCGGCCACCGUACAGCCGGCGGCCGGGGGCCCCGGACCAGGUUUCGGCUUUGCCUCCAAGACCAAGAAGAAGCAUUUCGUGCAGCAGAAGGUGAAGGUAUUCCGGGCCGCCGACCCGCUUGUGGGCGUGUUCCUGUGGGGCGUCGCCCACUCGAUCAAUGAGCUUAGCCAGGUCCCACCCCCUGUAAUGCUGCUUCCAGAUGACUUUAAGGCAAGCUCCAAGAUCAAAGUCAACAAUCACCUCUUCCACCGGGAGAACCUGCCUAGUCACUUCAAGUUCAAGGAGUAUUGUCCCCAGGUCUUCAGGAACCUUCGAGAUCGAUUCGGUAUUGAUGACCAGGACUACCAGGUCUCUCUUACCCGAAGUCCCCCAAGUGAGAGUGAAGGCAGCGAUGGUCGAUUCCUUGUUUCCUAUGAUCGGACUCUGGUCAUCAAAGAGGUUUCCAGUGAGGACAUUGCUGACAUGCAUAGCAAUCUUUCUAACUACCAUCAGUAUAUAGUCAAAUGCCAUGGCAGCACACUUCUCCCUCAGUUCCUGGGAAUGUACCGGGUGAGCGUUGACAAUGAAGACAGCUACAUGCUCGUAAUGCGCAACAUGUUCAGCCAUCGGCUCCCUGUGCAUAGGAAGUAUGACCUCAAGGGCUCCUUGGUAUCCCGGGAAGCCAGUGACAAGGAAAAGGUUAAAGAAUUACCCACACUGAAAGAUAUGGAUUUUCUAAACAAGAACCAGAAGGUUUAUAUUGGUGAGGAAGAGAAGAAAGUAUUUUUGGAAAAGUUAAAGAGAGACGUAGAGUUUCUGGUACAGCUGAAGAUUAUGGACUACAGCCUCCUACUGGGUAUCCAUGACAUCGUUCGGGGGACAGAAUCAGAGGAAGAAGGACCUGGAAAAGAGGAGGAACAGGAAGGAGAGGGGGACUGUGGUAUGGCAGGGCCUCCUGGUCUGGUUGGCUCCUGUGGUACCUCCCCCGAGGGAAUAGGAGGCUAUAUCCAUGCUCACCGACCCUUAGGUCCUGGGGAGUUUGAGUCCUUCAUUGAUGUCUAUGCCAUCCGAAGUGCUGAAGGGGCUCCUCAGAAGGAGGUAUAUUUCAUGGGUCUCAUUGACAUCCUCACCCAGUAUGAUGCCAAGAAGAAGGCAGCUCAUGCAGCAAAGACUGUCAAGCAUGGGGCUGGUGCAGAGAUCUCUACUGUCCAUCCUGAUCAAUAUGCUAAGCGGUUCCUAGAUUUCAUCACCAACAUCUUUGCUUAGGAGCCUGCCUGGCCAUCUGUGCCAUCUCCCAUAGACUUGGGUGGCAGAGGAAGGAGUGACAGGGCUGUAGGAGGAAGACUAAAGGAGUUAGGGAUGUCCUCUUCCUUCACUAAGUCCAAGUUGCCUCUCCCCACUCCCAGAGUGAUGUCUUCCCUGCUUCUUGUCUUAACCACACCACCCCCAAAGUCAACUUCAUUAGGGUUUUACUGAGGACUUUUUUUUUUUCUCUCUCUCUCCCAAGUGCCUUGAUCUUUGUGAAAUGUCAUGUUAUUUUUGUAAAUUAGGAUGACUUGAAUUGUUUGGGGAGGGGGAGGGGGUGGCAGGCAUCUUCUGACUCUGGCAGGCCCAGUGACUCUGGCCCUAGAAGUUGUUCUAACCUGGAAAGCUUGAGUUUGAACUUUGCUGUUUAACUUUCUUGGGGGCAAAGGGGCUUGCUCUUCACUCUUCCAACAUGCCCCAUGUACUGGGGGCAGAUGUGAAUGUGUAGAAGGUGUUGUAGCCAGUCUCACUUGUUGAAGCGGGGUGGAGGGUGGAAGAUGCAGUCAGCAGGCUGGCUUCUCACUGGGUUGGGGUCUUGAGGGAUUACGUACUUUGUCAGGGACUUUGAAUGGUUCCCUAGCCCCUUCCUCAUUGUUCUAGACACCUAAGUCUUGAAGUAGUCUCACUGUCUAGGCCUGACUUGGGGUCCAUGUUUGGUUGCUGUGGCUGGAUAUCAGAGCCUCUGUCCCUACCUGGGACUGAGACCAUUUCAUCAGGUAUUUAGAUGGCUGAUCUGAGAGACUGGAGUAAAGAAAGAGUCUAGAGCUAAAAGCUCAACUAUAUUUAGUAUUACUUUAUCUUUGUCUAGUUAUUUCUGGGUAUUGUUUCAGGGGAAGAGGAAUUCUUCAACCUGGACCAAACCUGGUUAUCUUUGGGGUGAACUGAACUCAGCAUCAUUCCUUUUCUCUCCCUUCAGCUUUGUCAUCAGCGUACUCCCAUUCAACCAGUCUUGUACUGUUAGAUCUCCCAGAAUAGGUGGCAUCCCUAUUCCCUAUCUCCUGAGAGGAAUCAGCCAUAACUGCCUCCCUAAAUCAUAUAGGAGUAGUAUACCUAACUGAGCUUUGAGGAACAUCAGAGGAAUUUGAGCCAAGGGGAAAGGGAGUUUAGACUCACUUUGAGGUUGAGACAAUCACUCCUACCUAGGUUUCUCCAGUAUUGUCCAAGGUUAUGAAUCAAUACAGUACUCCCUGUGUGGCUAGACUGUUCUGUCAAUAAGAGGUAGCUCUGUGAAUAUUUUUCCCUACCUAUUUCCUUGCUCCCACUUUUAUUCUUCAGGAGGAGGAAAUUGUGUGUGUGUGUGUGUGUGUAUGUGUGUGUGUGAAAUGGCUGCCUGAUUUGUAUGUGUGAUGUGUGACCCAUGACAUCUGACUCCCUCUUAUCCUCUCUCUGGGUGACUGGUUGAACUUAAACCUUUCCCCUUCUCUUUCUCCCGUUUAAAUGCAAUAAAACUUAGGACGCCAACAACUGCCUUUCUCUAGAAAUUGGUUUUCUGACCAUGUAACUGAUACAUCGGGGCAGUGUGGGUGUCUUUAUUUGUUGCAAAUUUUUUUUUUUUUUUGUUAAAAAAAAAAAAUCUAAAAUCUUGCAUAUUCCUAUUCUUGCUGUCUCAAUAUAGAAGUAAAUUAUUAAACCUGACCUGCUCCCUCUUA